GGGUGCAGCUGGAAGGAUGCUACUGUCGCCCGUGAUGUGUCUGUCGCCGGCAGGACGUAAAUGGACAAUUGACGGCAAAAAGAGCAGAGGAUUCAGCGAGAAAGGCCUGUCGCCGUGAGCUCCAAAGAUGGCCAGGCUCGCCGACUACUUUGUAGUUGUCGGCUACGACCUCGACAAGCGAGUGGAGGGUGAAGGUCAAGGUCGCAUUCUCCAGCGGUUUCCUGAGAAAGACUGGGAGGACAGCCCAUUCCCACAAGGCAUAGAGCUGUUCUGUCAGCCCAGUGGUUGGCAGCUGGUUCCUGAGCAGCAGCCUGCCUCCUUCUUUGUAGCGGUUUUGACUGACAUCAACUCCGACCGUCACUACUGUGCCUGCUUCACCUUCUGGGAGGGCCUGGACAACCCACAGCUGCAGAAGGUUGAGGCCAGCGAGGUGGAUGAGGUGGAUGAGGAGCCGGCCGUCGUCCAACCAGCUAAGGUCUUUGCCCCCAAGAGCCUGGUGCUGGUGUCCCAACUGGACUACACCGAGGUGUUCAGGAACUGUCUGGGUCUUAUCUACACCAUCUAUGUAGAUGGCCUCUCUGCCCCUUUGGAAACGGUGAUCGGAAAUCUCCUCACUUGUGUCAUCCCCAUUGCUGGAGGUUCCCAGAUAGAUGAAUCCCCAGUUUGUAGUUUAGACAAGGUUCCUCAGGCCCUGGCCUGUGACUGGCUGCUGGCCUGUCUCCAGCCGGGCCAAGAGGAGAAAGAGGAGAGAUUGAGGACUAUAACAUUAGGUGCUGGCGACCGGCAAGUUAUCCAGACUCCAAUCGAUGACUCACUUCCUGUCAGCGGCAGCAGUGUGGCCCAGCUCUUCAGACAGCUCGGUAUAGUCAACGUGUUGUAUCUGUUCUGCGCUGCCUUGACGGAACAUAAGAUCCUGUUCCUGUCCAGCAGCUACCAGAGACUAACAGACGCCUGCCGUGGACUGCUGGCCAUCAUGUUCCCCCUCAAAUACAGCUUCACCUACGUUCCCAUCCUACCGGGAAAACUACUAGAGGUCCUGAGCACGCCCACUCCCUUCAUCAUCGGUGUCAAUUCAUUCUUCCGCUCCGAGACACAAGAACUGCUGGACGUGAUCAUCGCCGACCUGGACGGUGGUACGGUGACGAUCCCUGAGUGCGUCCACAUUUCCCUGCUACCUGAACCGCUCCUUCAGCAGACCCAGACUGCACUCUCCAUGGUUUUGGAUCCAGAGCUGGAAGUUGCUGAUCAUGCCUUCCCCCCACCGUCCACACAACCCUCUUCACUCAAGAUCCAGGAUAAGGAGAUCCGUGCAGUCUUCCUGUGGCUGUUCGCUCGGCUCUUCCAGGGCUAUCGCUGGUGUUUACACAUCAUUCGCAUUCACCCUGAACCAGUGAUCCGCUUCCACAAGGCUGCCUUCCUGGGCCACAGGACGCUGACGGAGGACGACUUCCUCACGAAGGUGUUGGACGGCAUGGCGUUUGCAGGUUUCGUGUCAGAGAGGGGGCCUCCUUACAGAGCCACUGACCUAUUUGAUGAUCUGGUAGCCAAUGAGGUGGAGCGGAUACGACAAGAGGAGGCCUGUCCACACAAAGUCAUGGUCCACGUCAAGGAGCUGGCUGAGCAGCUCUUCAAAAACGAGAAUCCCUACCCGGCAGUGGCCAUGCACAAAGUCCAGCGACCGUCAGAAAACAGCCAGAACACUGUACAGAAUCAGAUACCCUUCCCUGUGCUGGACGAGGUCGCCGUGCAGCUCUUCAUCGACCACGCUGCCGCCAAGCUCAAGACCGCACCUCCUGUGGUCAAGGUGGAGGUCAAGAGCAUGGUGCCAUCCGGGCCCCCACUAGGAGACAUUGUGGACAGGAAUGGAAACGUGAUGGCAAACAGCGCCCGCAGGCUGGAGGUGGUCAGGAAUUGCAUCGCAUACAUCUUUGAGAACAAGAUGCUGGAGGCAAAGAAGCUGAUGCCAGCUGUACUGCGAGCACUAAAGGGUCGGGCAGCCCGGGUUUGUUUGACCCAGGAGCUCAAUCAGCACGUCCUACAGAAUCGAGCUGUGCUGGAUGACCAGCAGUUCGACUACAUUGUCCGCAUGAUGAACUGCACCUUACAGGACUGUUCACAUAUGGAUGAACACGGCAUUGCAGCUGCCCUGCUUCCGUUGGUCACAGCCUUCUGCAGAAAACUAGGCGCAGGCAUCACUCAGUUUGCCUACAGCUGUGUACAGGAGCACAUGGUGUGGACCAACAUGCAGUUCUGGGAGGCCAUGUUCUACAGUGAUGUCCAGAAUCACAUCAGGGCUCUGUACCUGGAGACGGAGGACGGGGAGCAGCAGAAGAACUCAGAGCAGCAGGACGGGUCAGGCAGCAGAAGGGAAAUCAGCGCCCUGGAGCUGGCGUCAGAGCAGAACAGACUGUGGCCGACGCUCACCAAGGAAUUGCAGACAGAGCGUGUGCAGAAGGAGGAGAGCACGGUGUUCAGCCAGGCCAUCCACUACGCCAACAGGAUGAGCUACCUGCUGCUGCCGCUGGACACCAGCAAGAACCGCCUGCUGAGGAGCACGGGCCUCGGAGACGUGGAGAGUGUGAGCAACAGCUACGUCACCAACAGUAUUGCAGGCAGCAUGGCGGAGAGCUACGACACAGAGAGCGGCUUUGAAGACGCUGAGAGCUCCGACGUGGCCAACUCUGUGGUGCGCUUCAUUAACCGCUUUGUCGACAAAGUGUGCAAUGAGAGCGGCGUGACCAACGAGCACCUGAAGGCUCUCCACACCAUGAUACCAGACAUUGUUCAGAUGCACAUUGAGACGCUAGACGCAGUCCACAGGGAGAGUAAGAGACUGCCUCCAAUCCAAAAGCCCAAGCUGCUGAGGCCGACUCUGUUGCCAGGUGAGGAGCUGGUGAUGGAUGCCAUGCGGGUUCACCUGAUUCCCGACGGCCGUGAGGAGGCCACGGGGCUGAUGGGAGGUCCGCCUCUGCUCCCUGCUGAGGGUGCUAUCUUCCUCACCACCUACCGCCUCAUCUUCAAGGGCACGCCUACAGACCCACUGGUGGGUGAGCAGGUGGUCACUCGCUCCUUCCCCAUUGCCUCUCUGACCAAGGAGAAGAGGAUCUCAGUCACUUUACCCAUGGACCAGUUUGUCCAAGAGGGGCUGCAGCUAAGAUCCUGCACCUUCCAGCUAAUGAAGAUUGCGUUUGAUGAGGAAGUUGCGUCGGACCUGGCUGAGGUUUUCAGGAAGCACAUGCACAAGCUGCGUUAUCCUCAGCAUGUCCAGGGCACCUUUGCUUUCACUGUGGGUCAGUGUGGCAAGUUGGUGGUGGAGCACAAGGCCAAGGACAAGAACCAGUCGCUCAAGACACUUUCCAAGAACCUGGUGAAGAGUGCCAAAAGGACCAUUGGUCGGCAGUAUGUGACCAGGAAGAAGUACUCUCCCCCCACGUUGGAGAACAGGAGCAGCUUCCAGUCAGAGCUGGAUGAGGAUGAAAUCUCAGUCUCAGAGGAGGUGGACCAGAGCUCCCUCACCCUCUCCUCUACCAUCCGCUCAUCGGACAGACAGACCAUGAGCAACGUGGUGGAGCGAGCCUGUUGUCGCGACUACCAGCGCCUGGGUCUGGGCACGCUCAGCAACAGCCUGACACGUUCCAAGAAUGAGCCCUUCAGGAUUUCGACCGCUAACCGCAUGUACACCAUCUGCAGAAGCUACCCCGGCCUGCUGAUAGUGCCUCAGAGCAUCCCAGACGCGACCAUCCACAGAAUCUGCCGUUGUUAUCGUCAGAACCGCUUCCCUGUGGUUUGCUGGAGGAAUUCAAGAACUAAGGCCGUCCUGCUGCGCUCUGCAGGCCUCCACGCUAAGGGUGUGGUGGGCUUCUUUAAGUCCUCCAACGCCUCCACUGCAGUUCCCUCCCAGGCAGACUCCACCAGUCUGGAGCAGGAGAAAUACCUGCAGGCCAUCAUCAGCUCCAUGCCUUCGUACAGUGAGAGCAGCGGCAGGAACACUCUCAGCGGCUUCACCUCCACACAUAUGAGCACCUCCGACUCAUCAGAUAAGCUGAGGCAGCCCAAGAUCGGCGCUCUGAUGAAACAGGUGAUGGGCACCAAGGAGGAUGUUCCCGGAACCUUCAGCAGAGGAGCUCUUGGUCAAAGGGCGAAAGUCAUCUCCCUCUCUCAGCCCAAAGUGUCUGGCAAGGCCAGGAACUCUCCUAGAGGUAAAUGGGGCAGUAUCCGAGGCAGUGGGCGUCUAAGUGCCUACAACCCAGACGUGGGGACGCGUCUGGCUGGAAAAGAGUCCCCGCAGCCCAAUGGAGGGCCAAGCGAGGCGUUGUUCCUCCGCCAGCAGAAGGCCUACCUCUACAUCAUCGGAGACAAGGCCCAGCUCAAGGGAGGGAAGCAGGACGCGUUCCAGCAGUGGGAGGUGGUUCCCAUCGAGGUUUGUGACGUGCGGCAGGUGAAGAACAGCUUUAAAAAGCUGAUGAAGGCCUGCGUGCCGAGCUCCCAACUCCCUGAUCCCAGCACGAGCUUCCUGCGCUGCCUGGAAGAGUCUGAGUGGAUGGCUCUGCUGCACAGGGUACUGCAGGUAUCUGUCCUGGUGGUGGAACUUCUCGAUGCAGGUUCAUCAGUCAUGGUCAGCCUGGAGGACGGCUGGGACGUCACCACACAGGUGGUGUCCCUGGUGCAGCUGCUGUCUGACCCCUACUACAGAACCUUUGACGGCUUCCGGCUGCUGGUGGAGAAAGAGUGGCUGUCGUUCGGCCACAGGUUCAGCCACCGUGGGGCGCAGACGCUAGGCAGCCAGAGCAGCGGCUUCACCCCCGUCUUCCUGCAGUUUCUCGACUGCGUGCACCAGAUCCACCUCCAGUUCCCCAUGGAGUUUGAGUUCAGUCAGUACUACCUGAAGUUCCUGGCCUACCACUACGUCUCCAACCGCUUCCGCACCUUCCUCCUCGACUCCGACUACGAACGCAUUGAGCUGGGAGUGCUUUAUGAGGAGAAAGGUGAGAGGAAAAGCCCUCAGGUGUGUAAGUCUGUGUGGGACUACAUCGACAGGCUCAACAAGAAAACACCCAUCUUCUACAACUACAUGUUCUCUCCUGAGGAUGAGGAGGUGCUGCGGCCAUACACCUUCAUCUCCAACCUGAAGGUGUGGGACUUCUACAUGGAGGAGACUCUGUCGGAGGGUCCGUCCUACGACUGGGAGCUGAGGGGCCGGCAGGAGCGCGUGGCAGAGGAGGCGCCGGAGAAACCCGACACCAGCGGGCCCAAGUCUCAGCGGCGCGUCGUGUGGCCGUGUUACGACAGCCUGAGCAAGGUGGUGCCUGACGCCAUCACCAAGCUGCUGCAGGACCUGCAGAGUCUGGAGGCCGAGCUCGGUCAGACGUCAGAGAAGUGGAAGGACACGUGGGACAAAAUCAAGACCACGCAGAGAACGGAGACCAAACUGGAGAGCAAGCCGUCGUUCUCCAGCUCCCUGCUGAUGUCGUCCAACCUGAGCCACCAGCGGCGCUCUCAGGGCGUCUACCUGCAAGAGAGCGGCGUGGGGUCCUCCAUCAACCUGGCUCUGGACUGCGAGGCCAGCGCCACCUCCACGCCCGUUCCCGGUCGGCCGAGCACCAGCACCCUCUACAGCCAGUUCCAGAGCACCGAGAGCGAGAACAGGAGUUUUGAAGGCAUCCUGUUCAAGAAGGGGGCAUUGUUGAAACCAUGGAAACCACGGUGGUUUGUCCUGGACAAGACCAAACAUCAGCUGAGAUACUACGAGUCCAGGCAGGAUAAGGAGUGUAAAGGGGUGAUUGAGCUGGCUGAGGUGGAGUCUGUCACUCCGGGAACACCCGCCAUGGGAGCACCGAAGAACGUCGAGGAGAAAGCCUUCUUUGAUCUCAAGACGACCAAACGAGUGUAUAACUUCUGUGCCCAGGACAGCCUGAACGCACAGCUGUGGAUGGACAGUGUUCAGAGCUGCUUGUCAGACGCCUAAAGUGGAGGCUGGACUCUUUAAGGAGCAAAUGCAACCAGGAAACGAAUAAGCGGUGCCGUGCCGCGGCACCAUGACGGACAUCUCUGCCAGCCAAUCCCAGCGAAGCGGGGAGGGGAAGGGGAAGGGGCCUUUCACCACUUAAGCUCUGUUCUGUUCGCUAGUGUUGAACUAAUAACCGUGUGUCACAACGUUUCAGUGUUUUUGUUAUAAAAAAAAAAUAAGAAAAAGACAAAAAAAACAAACAAACCCCAAAACAAACAUGUCCCUGAAGAACCACUCGCUGUCGUCUCACCAAGUAGCUACAGCCUAUUGCCUCCCUGACAGUCUGACCACUAUGUGUGCUGGAUGUCUGUGUGCACAAAAACAAUACAUAUUAAAGCACGUUGUCGCUUUUUUUUUUUGUGAGGCGUCCCGCAGCUUGGACCAGCAUGAAGAUCUAUCCAGACCCCUCCCACCUUGAAACCACGACCAACCUGUUCUCCUUCCUCACCGACUGAGGGUCUGGGGUCUGGGGUCUAGGGUCUGGGGCCUGGGGUGAUGAUGGAGGAGCGGCGGUCGACCGUCACCCCAGCCAUACACACACACGCACACAACUCAGACUGCUCCGGAGAAGCACCCACAUGAUGGACUGAUGGGUUGACGGACCAAAAUACCCCUAAGGAAGGAAUGCAGUGACAGGAAGCGCUCUUUCUUCCAGUCCUCUGAGGUCUCCGAUCUCUCUGCCUCUCACUGCCUGAUGUAGCCCAUUCGCAGUAUAUUUAGAAGGCGUUUUAGAGAAGUGGAGUAUGUUACUGCAACUGCAAGGGGAUGGAGGAGGGGGAGGGGGAGCAACACCUCAACGGUUCAUGAAGGAUUUCCUUUUCAUUUUUUUUUUUCUAAAAUCUCAAAUUUGUACCAGGAAGUGAUCAAUGCUCAUCACCUGUGGUCAGCAGGCGGUGACCAUAUAUAUAUAUAUAUAUAUAUACAUACAUAUAUAUAUAUAUAUAUAUACUGUGAAAGCCAUGAAUUAGUCAUAGAGAUCAAAUCGGGAGAGCCAGUCGGAGAUUCGAGUCUGUCAGGUGUGUCGGAGCGUGUCGGUCGGUGAACUUUCACUGCAAGUGUUUACAAAGCAGACAAAACUUCCCUCACUAAGCUGAACUCUGCUCUUCAACCAGGCGUUUGUUUCUCAACCACUAUUAAUAACGCUCUGAUUUUUUUUUUACGGGAGGCCAGGAGGAAGAAGGAUGGAUUUAUUUCACUGUCACGUCUUCAAAACAGCAAGAGACCUGGAAGGAAGGAAGUAAAGAGGGUUACUAAAGGAGCAGAAUGAAAGUUGAUAGUUGUUUUUUUUUUUUUGUUUUUGUUUUGUUGAUGGAUACUGACUCACCACAGUGCUCUGGCAGGAUGUUUGUUAAAGGAAAUUGCAUUAUUUUGCAACCCAGGUCUUGUUCUCAUAAUAGUUUCUCUGUGGUUUGUGCUAAAUUUGCUUUCACCACCUCCAACACGUAUGAUGAUGAGGCAUAUCGGGGAGAACAGUGUGAGACGGAAGAAGCUUUUCAGACACAUGUGAACUGAAAUGCAGGAAUCGUUUCAAACGCUUGUCUCCGAGUCUGAGAGUGAGCACAGAAAUUAGCCUCUCGGUUCACAGCUAACACCCAGCCGGUUUAGACAAACUUCCUGUUUGGUUAGCCACCUAGCAUGCUACCUGAAAUAACACAUUUCUAUCACUGAACAUUUCAUAUGUAGAAAGAUUCUGCUUCAGAUGUUAUUUAGAUCAAACAGAGUUAUUCUGAAAGACAGUAACAGAAACAAAGCUCCUGUUGUUUGCGGCUGCUUCUCCAGCAUGUAGGUACACUAAUACAGCAGAGACUCACACAUGUAACACACCGGCAUGUGAACAGGCUGGUUUGGUUAGUGGGGUGCUAGCUCUACAGUCGUGAGGGCUCAUUUCAGAGUUCAGUUUGGACUUGGAGACGAACAUUUGAAGUGAUACAUGAUCACUGUCCCUGUUAAAAAAAAAAAAUUCAGCUUCCUAAAUUUCUACAAAUGGAGGCGAUGAGUGUGAAGUUAACAUGACCCAUCAGUCAUAAUGGACACAGGUGUGAGAACAAGACUGAAGUUUAAAAAAUAAUAAUAAUGCUGAGUCAGGUUCCACCACAGUCACCUGUGCUCUGUGUUUCAGGUGUGAGUCUGAUGCUGCUCAGACUCACUGCACCUGUUUCAGAAGCUGAAACUUCCUUAGGCGAGUUUCCAUCUGUUAGAUGACUUUUUGUUUUUUUUAAAUGGUUUGUCAGACUGCCCCCCCACCACCACCACACCCCCCACCCCCCCAACCUCUGUUCACCCCUCUCCUCCACACACAGAAACCACUUAGAACCCACACUUGUUAACACAAACCCUCCUAUGUAAAAUAUGGUUCUACUGCUGUCUUGUUGAAAAUAAAAUUUGAAAUUGUAGAUUUUUUUUUUUUGUCUAAUAACUCCUUUGUAUAUACUACUCCAGAUUUGUAUGUAACGUUUAUGGUAGUAAUUUAUUUAACUUGUCUCCUCAGUAAGAAAGUUCCUCAAGCACCACUUUAUUUUUAAAUUAGGAAUUCAAUGUGCCAUUUGUUUAUUUCUGUAUUAAUGUGACUAAUGGUUGUUUUUUUUUUGAGAAAAUGUACAAGUAAACCCUCAACGUAUUUUUUUUUUGUAAACACUGUUGUCCUUACUCAACACCAACCGUUAAUGCGAGAGUGGAAAUGGUGUGUUAGUGGAAGAAUAAGCCUCUGGGGUGGUUUUGUUUUUUUUAAAAGGCUGGUUGGAUUUUAAGCAUGUUAGUCGCCCACAGUUAGUGGGAUUUCUGGGUGUAGAUUACGGUCAAAUAAAUCCGUACGGACAGAAGUCUCACUGCUGCUGGGUUCUGCUAACUGGCGACAGUCAGAAACAAGAUGGAACCAAAAAAAAAAAGUUCAGUCAUUUAAACCAAUCAGAACAAGACAAAUGAAACCAGUUCUACCAGUUAAAUUAAAUCAAGUCUACAGACCAAGACAGCUGGCGUACACAGCAUCAUGAUCGUACAUCAGACCCAGGCGACCUUGUGCAUCUUAAAAUAAACGUCCCCUGAGGAACAGACGGACCAAAGUGUCAGCAGGAACCACAGCAGCAGCCAGAACCCUGUCUGUGGGAUGAUGGUUCCCUCGUGUUCUGACUGUAGUCUACAUCCAGUCAGACCCAGCUCAUCAUUUCACUCUAGUUUACUCAUCUCUCAUCCGUGGUAACUCUUUACAACAGUCAAGCUAAAUUAACCGCAGCAAUUUGACAUAAUCUUUUUUAUUUAUUUUGUUUUUGUUUUGUUUUUUUUAAUUAGAAAUGACAUUCUGAGCCGGGUUAUGUUGUCAAUCAUGUCAGUAUAGUUUUUAGAAUCCAAAUAAAAACCGUGGGUUUAAAUGUU